GAUAUAGUUUUGGAUAAGUCACCAUCAAAGUUACCCUGUGAUGUACUAAUUCAGGGGUCCACAAGUUUGGGAGUUAGUUUCAAGAAAAGCGAUCUCGACGCAGUUUUGAUUACCCCUAAUUUCGUAUAUCGUGAGGACUUUUUUACCUCAUUCGCAGAAGUGUUGCGUAACAAUCAAAACAUCCAAGAUCUUUUGGUUAUUACAGACACUUUUGUGCCGUUGAUUAAAAUGAAGUUUAGUGGGACCUCGGUUGAUUUAAUUAUGAGUCGGUACAAGUUUUCAUACGUACCUUCGCCUUUAAAUUUCGACGAGGACCCGGAGUUAUUUUAUCUCGAUGUCGAUCAUUACUCUGUCCACGGAUUGUCAGGCCUUCAUCUCUCUCAGAAGAUUCGUGAUCUCGUUCCCAGCUUUCCUCUCUUUACGGAUUUACUUAAAGUCAUAAAAAUAUGGGCAUCUCGUCGGCUGAUUUCUGAUUAUGUGUAUGGGUUCCCAGCCAGUGUGGCAUGGGCUGUACUUUGUGCAUACAUAUGCAUGCAUACCACUAGAUUUUCAAAUGGGAACUAUCCCUAUUAUGGGUUAUUGAGUCCUUCGAUAAAUGCUCAGGUGGGUGAAGAUAGGUACGAGACAGUUGAAGGACCGCUGUCUCAUUCAUAUGCUGCUAAUCAACCUUGGAAAUCGGUUACACCAUUCAACCUUAUCCAAAUUCUGCCGCGCGGAGGGAAUUCGAUUGACCGAAAUUCAAGAAUUAGACUUACUACGCUCGUAAAGAUAUUUUUUGCUUAUUUUUCAAAUUGGGUAUGGCCCAGCCCCGUUAUGAUCGCUCCUAUUGUUGUGGUUCCUAAAUUGCGGCUAUAUUCGUGGGAUCCUAGGGUCGAUAUACAAAAUGGACAUGAGAUCAUGCCAAUUAUAACGCCAAUUUUUCCUCAUAAAAACGCGGCUUAUACUGUCAGACCUUCUAGUCGAGACAUUGUAGUGAAGGAAUUGCAUCGCGGCUUCCAUCUGACGAAAAAAAUCGUUGAAGGUUCAGCUACUUGGGAAGACCUCUUUGAACCAUACGACAUUCGUCACGAUUAUAGGCACUUUUUGAAACUAGAGCUCGUGGCAGACAAUUUCCAAGAAUUAGGGCGCCUUGGUGGUCUGAUUGAUUCGCGUUUAAGGGACCUUGCAGGGUACCUAGAAGAGCAUCAGUACAUCGAAUCAGUUAGAAUAACAAAGGCUUCUGAUUUACCUAAACAUUUUGAUAUUAAAAUCGGACCAGAGAAUCUGCCUGGCAUCUCUGAAUGUGGUCGAGAAAAAUGUUUCAACCGAGCUUGGCUCUUAGGAAUGAAAAUAUUGAGGGCUGCACCUUUACCGAAUGGCACAUACCCUGAACGUAUAGUUGAUGUGACCCAGUGCCUGCAGCGUUUCUACAUCAAUCUUCAAGAUCGGGAUCCGAAUACAAACUUCUUGGCUAAACUGAAGAGCAGCUAUGUCAGCAGGUGA